AUGGCAACCGUAUCUCUAUCCCCAACUCCAGCUCCCGUCGCGGUCAUGUCCUCACGACGUGGCCCUUUGACGAGCAUCCCUCAUGCCGCCAAUUCGCCCAUGAGAGGAGCUGCGGCUGCUAUUGCCGCCUACUCAAAACAGAAACGCUCCCAUGCCAACCUUCAGCGCGAGGAAGCUUACGGACAGCCACCACCAAACAAGAAGCAGGUCCUCGAGAAUGGUACACACCGUGCAGUCCGGUCGCCCUCGAAGCUGCCCCGUUCACAAACCACAACACUCCCUCAGCGGGGGCUAUCGAGCACAACCACGAUCCGCGGAACAACUCGAGAACGAGGAAGGGUGUCCACGGUAGCCAGGGUCGUGGAAAAUGACGCCAAUGACCAAAAGGAGGUCUGGAAGAAACAUUAUAGGGCUAAAUUUCCCAAGAUGGUCUUCUACUUCGAGAGCGUGCCAGAUGAUAUUCGUGCCAAGCUGACGAAAAAGGUCACAUAUCUCGGUGCUCGCCAAGAGCCUUUCUUCUCCAUCGACGUUACCCAUGUUAUCACAACACGAACCAUCCCGAGCGAACGAUCUGAGGCACUGGCGGCCGAAGAGCCUGAACAGGAGGAACGUGAACCAGAGGAACAACCUCAAACCAUCAACCCUUCUUUGCUGGACCGUAACACUGCUGCGCGACGGAAGCUUCUGUUCGAGUUCCGUAAUGUUCCCUCGAGAUCCCAGCAAGUCAAUGACCCAACAAAACCAGGCAAGGGUGCUAGGAACAACGAUGUCCUGCACAAGGCACGGGAGAUGGGAAAGAAGAUCUGGUCGCUGGACAAGUUUCAAACCAUGGUCACUGUCUUGUUAGAGUCGGAUUCGCAGCAAGCCGUACAGGGCACCCGAGGAAUUAGCUCGCGCAGUGCUCAACAUACUCUGAAGGGCUCGCACGAACCCAGUCUUCUUCAGCUCCUUCACAACGAGAGAAUCCAUGGACCCUCCGAUCGCGACCCCAGCGCAUCUAACCGCGAGUUAUCCCACUUCAAAGGGCCUUAUAUCUAUGUGUGGGAUAUGGAUGAGAAACACAAGCCUAUCAUGGUUCGCGAGUAUGCAAAGGUGGCGAACAAGUCGGAUGGCGAUUGGCCCCAGUUCCGCAGUGUGGGCAAUGGCCGAUGUCCCUUUGUGGAGGAUGUUGAUAUUCCUGAGAGGGAGAACCGUCGACAGCGCGAACAGCAGGUGAAGGCCCGCCCAGCCAAACGAGAGGAAACCUCGGCAAUCCCCAAGCCUGUGGAUGUUUCUGUGACAAAGCAAGUGACGGGCAAGAGGACAUUGGCCGAGAUGGAAGAUGGCCACAACAGAGCACACUCUGUUACCGAGGUUUUCAAUCCUGCCAAGGCAUCGCUUUCCAAGCAAGCCACACAAAACGCGUUUACCAGCCGAGCCGAAGGUGGUCGAGUUUUCCAUGGUGAGCCAGUUGCUUCUGGACUUCAAGCUGCUAGCAUUACAUCGGCUGUGCGAUCACAGAUGAUCUCAUCCACAUCGGGACUUUCUGGUGUGAAGGCUGGAACGAGCAAGGAAAUUCACGGCCUCCAGCGCAAGGUCCUGCAAAAGACAGCACCAACAUCACACGCUAGUUCGCGUCUCGCAGAGCAGCAAUCUGUGGAGGCAGCAACCUCAAGCCGAUCUGUUACUCUCACUCGCCAGACGUCUAAAACGACCCUUGGCCAGGACGAAGAUGUUGCAAAGACCGCAGAGAGCAAGGAACGGAAAUCUCAGUCACAACCUCUUAAGAGCAAGAAGGACUUGAAGCCCGGCUACUGCGAGAACUGCCAAGACAAGUUUCGCGAUUUUGAUGAGCAUAUUCUGUCUCGCAAGCAUCGCAAAUUUGCCGAAAAUGAUGAUAACUGGGGUGAGCUAGACUCACUCCUCACGCAACUCAAGCGCGUGAGCAAAGCCGUCGCUAUCCAAGACGAUGACGACUGGCACUACUAG